AGAGCUUCAGUCAUAGCGAACCAAGAUGCGUGUCUUCAACUCAUUUUAGCUUUCUCCUCUAUCGACUCUUCUGGAAAUUUCUGUGCCUUCUGCCGUACGCCGGCCAUGUUGAUGAACACCACCGCCUUCUCCAUUGCACAUACCUACCACUCGAUUAGCUCCUUUUCAAUGUGUCCACAUUCGAUGACACAGCGCAUCCAAAGAACAUAAGCCACAAUUCAAAACGAAGCCGCCUAAAGCAGAAACAGCGCGCUUCUAUCGGUGUCGGUGGCGUACACUUUUGGUUAUCUUGCAUUGACUCCUAUACACCAUCUGGCUUUCUUUUAACGCCGUGGACUUCUCUACGCGACGGCUGCAUCAGAACUUUCCUUAGCCUGGUUUUGUUUGCUUACAUACAAACUGUUUACGAAAUUGGCGUUGCACCGCCUCUUAAGAAUUAUUUCUUUAUAUAAUUUGAGGAGAUAAACCAACUUAAAAACCUGAAUAACAAUGGUUCGCCCAUCUACUACGAAGCAGGAGGCAAGUCGAGUGCAGGUCUCCGUGCGGGUGCGUCCCCUCGAACCCCGAGAAAAGAAAGCCGCCGACGGAUCGCUGAUCACGGUGGUGGCCAACCAAGCAACAGCCGUGGUCACGGUGACGCCGGUGGCCAGCAGCAGCGGCACCUGCACCGCCGAUGUGGGAGCUGAUGGAGCGUUGGGGAGCCGGAGGGCGGCACAGGACUUCCAGUUCGAUCACGUGUUCUGGUCUGUGGACAGCCCGAUGCGUCCGGCAGCCGCCCGGCGACGCAGGCGGACGUGUUCCAGAAGAUCGGGUUCCCGCUGGUGGAGCACGCGUUCGGCGGGUUCAACUCGUGCCUGUUCGCGUACGGGCAGACAGGCAGCGGGAAGACGUACACGAUGAUGGGCGCGGACGUGAGCGCGCUGGGCGGCGAGGGCAGCGGCGUGACGCCGCGGAUCUGCCUGGAGAUCUUCGCGCGCAAGGCGAGCGUGGAGGCGGAGGGGCACUCGCGGUGGUCCGUGGAGCUUGGGUACGUGGAGGUGUACAACGAGCGGGUGUCGGACCUGCUUGCGAAGCGGAGGAAGGGCGCGAAGGCCGCGGACGAGGAGUGCGUGGAGGUGCGCGAGCACCCGAGCCGCGGCGUGUUCCUGGAGGGCCAGCGGCUUGUGGAGGUGGCGAGCCUCGACGACGUGGUGCGGCUGAUGGAGGUGGGCAACGGCGUGCGGCACACGGCGGCGACGAAGAUGAACGACCGGAGCAGCCGGAGCCACGCGAUCGUGAUGCUUGUGCUGCACGAGGAGCGGACGAUGACGACGAAGGCGGGCGAGACGAUCAAGACUGCUGGCAAGAGCAGCCGGAUGAACCUUGUGGACCUUGCGGGGUCGGAGCGCGUUGCGCAGUCGCAGGUGGAGGGGCAGCAGUUCAAGGAGGCCACGCACAUCAACCUGUCGCUGACGACGCUGGGGCGUGUGAUCGACGCGCUUGCGGACAUGGCGGAGAAGAAGGGCAAGUCGCAGUGGACGCUGCCGCCCUACCGCGACUCGAAGCUGACGUUCAUCCUGAAGGACUCGCUUGGCGGGAACUCGAAGACGUUCAUGCUUGCGACGGUGAGCCCGAGCGCGCUGAACUACGACGAGACGCUGAGCACGCUGCGUUACGCCUCCCGCGCGCGCGAGAUCGUGACGGUUGCGCAGGUGAACGAGGACCCGCGCGCGCGGCGCAUCCGCGAGCUGGAGGAGCAGAUGGCGAGCAUGCGCGAGAACCUGAGCGCUGCGGACCCUGCGUACGUGUCGGAGCUGGAGGAGAAGCUUGCGCUGCUGGAGGCGGAGGCGCAGAAGCGCGCGGCGGACCUGCAGGCGCUGGAGAAGGAGCGUGAGCACAACCAGCUGCAGGAGCGGCUGCUGCGGGCGACGGAGGCGGAGAGGAGCGAGCUGGAGUCGCGUGCUGCUGCGCUGCAGCAGGAGAUGAGUGCGACGCGGCGGCAGGCGGACGAGAUGCAGGCGCAGAACCUGCGUCUGAAGGAGGAGCAGGCGCGCAAGGAGCGUGAGCUGAUGGAGGAGAUGGCGGCGAAGGCGGCGGCGUUCUCUGUGGUGCGGCGGCGCAAGGACGCGGAGAUCGCGAGCGGGCGUGAGAAGCUGGAGGCGACGGUGGCGCAGCUGGUGAAGGGGCAGCGCGAGCGCGAGGCUGCGCUGGACGCGUUGCAGACGCAUCAGCGGCGGCUGCAGAGUGCGCUGGCGGGCUCUGAGCGGACGGCUGCGGAGCGGGACGAGCUGCAGCGGCAGCUGGCGGAGUUGCAGGCGGAGCGCACGCGUCUGACGCAGGCGGUGGCGGCGCAGGAGAAGAUGAAUCGCGAUCUGCAGCGCGUCCAGGAGGAGUGCGAGGAGACGGAGCGGCAGCGUGACGCCGCGCUGUGUGCGCUUGCGGAGAUGGAGGCCCGCUACCACGAGAGCGUCUUCCACCUUACGACGCUGCUGGAUCUGGCGACGGAGUGGGAGGACGAGCUGCACGAGCGCGCCGUGGCGGAGCGCGACGCCGCCGCUGCUGCGGAGGUGGACGAGGCGACGGCUGCCGCUGAGAGGUCGCAGACGGCGAUGAACCGGCUUCGCGAGAGCCUCGAGGCGC